AUGACUCUCUUGAAACAGGAAAUAAAAAAUAAAUACAAUCCAAUUCAAAUAAAUUUAAAACCUUGGCCUUAUAAAUCUUCCAUUAAAGGAAUUGAAAAACGUAAAAAAACUAAGAAUGGAACAUUGAUUUAUUUUGUUAAAUUUAGAGAUGGUCAAAUCAAAAAAGUUUUAGCAGAUAGCUUAAUUCAAGUAAAUAAACCACUCAUAGAUCAAUUUGAAUCAAACCUACAUAAAAACCAAAAAAAGAAAGUGACAUUUACACCUAGAGUGACAAGACAGACUAUAAAAACAAAAAAUAAAAAAAAGAGAAUAAUAGCUGAAGACAGUAAUGAAAGUGAUGACACUUAUCAAGACGAUGAUGAUGAUAACUUCAUUGACGAUCGAUCUUUUAGUAGUGGUCAAUCAGAUGGCGAUAAUGAUGAACUACAAUCGCAAAUGAAAUCUAUUAUUUCUAAUACAACACAAAGUGGCCGCAGUUCUGUUAGACCCGCUUCCUUUCUUGAACAGUUUUAUAAUAACAAAGUCUUUGGAAGUAAUAAAAAAGCCAAAAAACCACCAACCGCCUCUAUACCACUCUAUACUGAUGAUGUAUUUAUCAGCUGUCAUUCAAAAUUAUGUCUUAAAUGUCAUCGCUACAGUGAACCAAACAAUGAGCGUGAUCCUGUAGACUUUGAAUAUGGUCCACUGGCAAGGAGAUCACGUGCAUUACUGUGCAAAUCAUGCUCUUCUUCAUACCAUAACAAUUGCUUCGCUUUCCGUCCUAAUAAAAAUGGAGAUGGUUUUAUUUGUCCAAAAUGUAUAAAGAGCACUAUUUGUUCACGAUGUAACAAGAAUGCCGCAAAAAGGAAAGAGGAGCAUUCAGUCUCCUUUCGUUGUAUAACUUGUUUUCGAUUAUUUCAUAUGGAAUGUAUUAAACCAGGCGUAUCAUCAGAACUUAUUAAUCUAGCCGAAAAUGUUAAAAUACUAGAUGUUUAUCAGAGAGGUCAAUGCUUCGAAUGCCACACCUAUGAAGAUAUGUCUGUAGAUUCUAUUGUAGAAGAGAGAAUACAAAAUGGUGUAAAGGAAUUAAGAAUAAAAUGGAAAGGAAUGUCGUAUCGUCAUACCAACUGGGUGAAUGAAAAUUGGGUUCAGUACUUCAAUACUAGCUUGUAUCGAUUUUAUAUUAAAAAGAAAUUACAAAGGACUUUGGUCCCGUUCUCCGAGGAUUGGCUAGUUAUCGAUCGUAUCUUAGACGUAGAAUGGAAAGACAAAGAAAAAACACAAGUAAAACGAGUAUUAGCUGUCUUUAAGGAUUUAGAUUAUGGUGAAGCCGUAUGGGAUGAGCCUCCAGCCAAAGAAGAUACAGAUUUAUAUCCUGAUUAUGAACUAGCUAUGAAGAGAUAUUUGCAAGCAAUGAAAGUUACUCCCCCUAAGGGUAUAAAAGCCUUGGUGCAGCAAGUUCGUUCCGCAGCUACUGCAGAAAGUUAUGAGAAACAUGAAUUGAAGGCUCAACCUUCAUUUAUUACUGGUGGAAAAUUAAUGAAACAUCAGAUGGAAGCACUUAAUUGGCUUAUUUAUCAAUGGGAAAAAAAACAAUCAUGUAUUUUAGCAGAUGAUAUGGGCUUAGGAAAGACAAUUCAAAUUAUUUCCUUUUUAUAUUUUUUAUACAAGAGAUUUGAUAUUUACCCUUUUAUUGUUGUCGUUCCUAACAGUACAGCUACAAACUGGAUUAGAGAAUUUCAAAAAUGGGCAUCCGAUAUGACUGUAGUCCCCUUUUUUGGUCUUGCAACGGCAAGAAAUUUAGCUCUAAAACAUGAAAUUUUUAAUGGAAAAGGACAAUUAAGAUGUCAUGUUGUUGUAGCCACUUAUGAAUCAGCACUCGAUAAAUCUAACUUGCAUGAUCUCUUUUGGCCAGUUUUGAUUGUUGAUGAAUCACAACGUCUAAAGAGUGAUACGUCCCUUUUGUUCAAGUCUUUGAGCAAAUUAAAAGUCGACCAUACUGUUUUAUUAACCGGCACACCAUUACAAAACAAUCUACGCGAACUGUUCAAUAUCAUGCAUUUCAUUCAUCCAGAUGAUUUUCAGGGUUAUGAAGCUGAUGAUUAUCAAGAAAUGACAGCUGCUCAAGUAGAAGAGCUUCAUAACCGUUUAAGACCACAUUUCUUAAGACGAACAAAAGAAGAAGUUCUUAAGAAGCUUCCUCCAAAAUAUGAACUGAUUGUUCCUGUUUCUAUGACAUCUCUUCAGAAAGAAAUUUAUAAGCAAAUUUUAACCCAAGAGCUCUUUGAAACGUUAUCGCUUACAAAUGCACGAAGGCAAAAGGGUAUUUCAAGCAUCUUUGUAAACUUAAGAAAAAUUUUAAAUCAUCCUUACUUUAUUGAUGGUGUUGAAAAGCAACUGCCGACUAUAGAGGAAGUUCAGAAAGCAAUGAUUAAUGCCUGUGCAAAACUUAAACUCUUUCAUCAAAUGCUACCCAAGCUUCGUGAGCGUGGACAUCGUAUUCUCUUAUUUUCGACCAUGACCCGCACCUUAGAUCUUCUAGAAGACUAUUUUACGUAUGAAAAUGUACGCUAUGUUAGGUUAGACGGCCGCACACGUGAACGUGAUCGAGUAAGAAGUAUUGAUGCAUUUAAUGCACCAGAUUCGAAAAUAGAUGUCUUUUUACUCAGUACAAGGGCUGGUGGUGUCGGCAUUAAUUUAGCAACAGCCGAUACCAUCAUUAUUUGGGAUUCUGAUUUCAACCCUUAUGCUGAUUUACAAGCUAUCAGUCGUGCACAUCGUAUUGGUCAAUCAAACAUGGUCCUUAUUUAUCGUUUCAUGACCCGUCUCUCGGUUGAAGAAAAGAUUUUGCAAAUUGGUAAACGAAAGAUGGCGCUUGAACACGUUGUUGUUGAACGCAUGAAGGCUGAUGAGGAAGAAAAUCUUGAAGAUAUUGAGUCAAUUCUCAAAUAUGGUACAGAAGCCCUCUUUUCUAAUGAUGACUCGAAAGAUAUUGUCUAUGAUGAUGCUGCUAUUGAUAAUCUUUUAGAUCGUGAACAAUAUCGUCAGGUUGCAACAGAACAACAAAUAAAGGAAGUAGAGGAAUUAGAAGGUAAAGCAGCAGAGCCUAAUGGGUUAAAUUUCUCCUUUGCCAAGGUUUGGCAAAAAGAUGGCAAUACAGAAGAAUUAGCAACUGAAGACAUAAAUCGGGAACAAACAGAUGCUGAUUUUUGGGAGAAAUUUUUAGUAGAACAAAAAAAGGAAGCUGAAAGGAAAAAGGAAGAAAAAAGACAAGCUGAAUUAAAUAUGGGCAGAGGUGCUCGUAAAAGAACUGCUGUGACUUAUAAAGAAGCAGGGUUCAAUGCAGAAAAUGAGAAUAAAAAGAAAAACAAAUAUAAAAAGAAAGCUGGAAAUAAAGGUUCAGAUGAUGAUGAUUAUCAGUAUAUUGAAGUCCUGAAUAGUGAUCCUGAGGAGCUGGAUACGGCAGACGUUGCAUCUAAUGCGUUAGAAGAUCUUCAAUCAUUGAAUCCUGAAGCUUGGGCACAAGCUGUAAAUACUCGAUAUGAGCAAGAUGCUAAAAUGAAUGGCAAUCCACAUAUAAGACCACAACCUAUUAUACCACGGCAAGACAACUUUAUUAUGUAUGUACCUCCACAGCAAUAUACACAAUAUCCUAUACACUAUUAUCCACAGUAUUAUAUCCACCCACAAACACAGCAGCCAAUGCAACAGCCAAUGCAACAACAAGUACAGCAAUCAACAUGGCAGUCAGCACAGCAGCCAACAUGGCAUUCAGCACAGCAGCCAACAUGGCAGCCAGUGCAGCAGCCAGUGCAGCAGCAAGCACAACAACAAGCACAACAACAAGCACAACAACAAGCACAACAACAAGCACAACAACAAGCACAACAACAAGCACAGCAGCAAGUGCAGCAACAAGCACAACAACAAGCACAACAACAAGCACAACAACAAGCACAGCAGCAAGCACAACAACAAGCACAGCAGCAAGCACAGCAGCAAGCACAACAACAAGCACAACAACAAGUGCAGCAGCAAGUGCAGCAACAAGCACAACAACAAGUACACAAGUCUAUAUAUCAAUCCAUGCAUCAAAAUAUUAUAUCACAACAUACACCCCAAAAAGGACAACAAGCUCCUCAAUCUACUGCUUCACAAAACCAGUCAUCUAGCCAUUAUUUUUUACAGUAUCCUGUAUUGCCACCAUUAACGAUUCCCCCAGAUUAUAAAGAAACCCAUUUCAAAAUGAUAGAAUCACAAGGAAAAAAAGAGUUAAACAAAUUUAAAAAAUUCAUGAAAACCGAAUAUUUAUCACAGCGAUUAACACCUGAAAAUUUUAAUCAAUGUAAAACUAAUAUGAUCAAUACAUUUAUUGAAAAGAUUACGACAAAAUCUUUAAGUAUUAUUAGUAGAGAAUGUCGAAACGAUCUAAGCUUAGGAUAUAAUGAAGCAGUUGUUGGUCAAAUCCUUAGACAAAAGCAAGAACUUAUCAGGGAAAACGGAAGUAAGAUUAUUGAGAUGAUGGAAAAGGAAAUCUAUUCGCAUGCUUUGCAUUUACGAGAUAUUCGUGAGCAAAAGAUACUAGAAGAUCAACGUAAGCAGAUAUUACAGCAACAAGAGAUUUUAGAACGACAGCUCGAUUUUCAACAUAAAUUGCAAACUGAGGAAUUACGUCAACAACAAAUUAUGCAAAGACAACAAUUAAAUGAAUUCUUUAAUCAGAUACAUUCGAGCUUGUGUCACAAACAACAAAAAAUUGCAUUUCCACAAAUAAGUCUACAGCAAGGGAAUAGUAACUAUUCAAUUGCGCAUAAUGGAGAGAGCUCUCAGGGACGAAAUAUAACUCCUAUACAGUUAACUGCUAUGCCACUUUUACUUUCAACUUCACAAUCGGAUAGGCCAUCUCAACCUCUUUGUUUGCCACAAUCUUCCCAGCCCAAGUCUCUACCAUCUCCACCUUCUCCUUCUUCAGAAGAAGUGAUUGAGAUUGAUUAA